UGGAUUUGUAUUAAACAAAAAAUACAUACAUAGAGAAGUCUGAGAACUUGAGAUGGCCAUGGUUUUAUAAUUCGUUUUUUUGAUUUGUAAUAUAAUAAAUAAAUUUGGAGAACAUUUGUGUGGCGAGUUGUCGACGCUCCAAAUAUGCCUCUGGUACAGCUAUGUAGAGUCUCAACUCAUCUGUAAUAUGUAUUUAGUAUUUAAAGGAUCGCCAAUCCUGCCAAAUGUCAGACUUCAAACUUGAGCUUCUUUUCAACAGAUCUACAUACACUUCAAAAUGAUGAUUCGGAUUUCAACGCUAGUCACGGUAUCCUUGCUCAACACACUAGCUACUGCACAGCCACCACAAGGUGGCGGUGGCAUGGGACCCCCUGGAGCUGCGAUUCCCACUGGUACGGUACCCCAAAGUGUAGCGCCAGGAGUCAAUGCUAAUGGUACGGGUACUGGGGUAGCAGGAGCUGGACAGGGUAGACCAGCCGGAGGCCCAGGUGGUGGCAUGGGAGGGGGGUCUACCUCAUCGGAGAGCUCUACAGAGUGUGCGACUGCGGAUGGUGUAGCAUGCAAUCAGGAUGGCAGUAGCAACGAGUUCAGUGGUUCGUUAACGUACGAUGCAUCAUCCGGCUUGCUCAGUGGUACAGUUAUUUUCAACCAGUGCCCCAACAGUGACCCGAGUGGUCGUGUAGACGAUGGUUUCGACUACAGGAUCAUCGCCACAAGCGACUGUCAGGAAAUGACAUUCCCCGUUGAUGGAUACAACACCACAGGUCCUUGGGCUGCACCUUUGAGAAAUCGAAUUGGCAUCAGCUUGUACGGUGUGAAUAUCUAUGGCCCAUUUGAGGCUGGGUUUGUCGAAGGAUUCGUCUGUGAUGGAUCAUGCUCGGCUGGAGUUGACGUACCUGCCUGUGACGCGACCCUUGAGUUCCAGUGUGGUGCAGAGAAUGUAGACACGUCAUUACUACUAGAUCCGUGCUCUGGACACGCCACCCCGUACCAUUUCCAUGCUGAUCUCAGCUGCGAGUACGAUCAGAAUGCUUUGGGACACUCCCCUAUGAUUGGUCUUGCUUUAGAUGGCCGUGGUAUUUAUGGGUUAAAUGAGGGCAAUGCAGAUGGCGUAGCUGUGCAACCCACUGACCUCGACUUCUGCGGUGGUCACUAUGGAGCAGUGGAGGAGGGUGGCACUGAGGUAUAUCACUACCACACACAGACCACAGCGCCGUAUGUUUUGGGUUGUUUCGGUCCAGGAGUUGAUACUGUAGAGCAGUGCAGGGCAUUGUACCCUGACACGUGUGGAACCGGGUUCCUGAUACUCGAGACAGAGAGUGGAAGAACGUGUUAUGAUACCGAUUGCCCAUGUUACUUCGCCGACGGCACCAACACAGAUUACACAGAAACCACGUGUCCAGUCUAAUUUCUCAAUUUGAACAUACCCGAAAAUCGCUCAAUAGCUUCGAUUCAAUUCAAAACGACACACAAUAAAUCAUUUAAUUAAUAGGA